AUGUUUUAAAAGCAUUUCUCUUUUCCUUUAAUAAGCAUGGAGGGCUUAUUUUCUUCUCGUCUUUAUUUCCUCUGAAGUGCAUGUCGUCACAGUAAGCUCUGAAGACCUACCUUCUCUUUCUUAGCUGAGAGAAGAAUCCCAAUUUUAUCUAACGCUGUUGAAUGCAGCCACUUCCGUUCCGUUUCAUGUGCACGGCAGCUCAGCGCCUGGUCCGCAUGUCGCCUGCUCUUUUGCUUGCUCCGCGGUAGUGGAAGAGACACCAUUUGAGGUCCUCGCUCCCAGGUCAUUGGGGUUUCAGCAUCUUCUGCUAACUCCGAAGUAGCAUGAGACUCUGAGGCUGCUUGAGUGCAUCAUUGACGUCCCGUGUCAUUAAAAACAACCCGCCCGAUUGCUGUUGCUUUUAGAAGAAUAUAGGAACUGAGCUUGGUCUGAAACUUGGACUGACCUGGCUCCGAUGGAGGGGCCACUGCAGAGUUCCGAGCAUUGUUACAUAGCCGCCCUGUCACCCGCUGCCCCUGGGAGGGUGCCCCAGGAGGUGAUGCGUGAUAAGUGGGUAUUCCGUAUUCCUGCCUAAUCCACACGGGCCACCGGAAGUUAACCAGAGCAAAGAAAAAUUCCAGAUCAUAAAAGGAAAAUGAUCACGAACCUUGAUUGGUUGCCUGCGUUGCACACGGCAUCACGUGUUAAUACCUGCUCACACUGCUUUCAAUGAAUCUAACCUUGAUUGCUUCUAACCUCCACUAAACAGUUGUGAACGCUGCUGUAGUUUAGCCUGUGGCGCUUAUGGUCAGAGGCAACCAUUUGACAUGGCCAGCCCACCCGACGCGGUCGCCUCGUCUCCCCGAGCCUUCUUAAGGUCUGGCUCCGUUUACGAACCUCUGAAGAGCAUCCACCUUCUGCAGCCCGACCAUGAGAGUCUGUGGGAGAAGCUGGAUCGUUACUACAGGAUCGUCAAGGCCACAGGGCUCCUGUGUCAGCCCAGUCCCCGGCCUCUUGCUCACGGGCUGGAAGGACUGAUAUUGCUAAGCUGUCCUGGCACCUGCAGCCGUAUACAGACGCAUGCAGCCCUGUUAGAGGACCAGCGGCUGCUUCUCAGAACUGGAGCACGAAUCCUAAGAUGCAUCCAGAACUACAGGAGAUCCCAAGUAGCUAAAGAAAUCUUGAGGAAGUUCAAAGAGGGAGGGAUCAGGCUCCCUGAUGUCAAUACUAUAAUACAAAUCAAAAUGCUAUCUCUCCCGCCCAGGCGCAUCGACGACGACAAGGGGCGGACGCACGAGCUGGAGCACUCGGCCGUGAAGUGCAUGCGAGGGAUCCUGUACUGCUACAUGCGGCAGGCCGAUAAGGUCCAGCAGUUCAAGCAGGACCCGCGCCCGACAACCUGCCUCCACUCCGUGUUCAACGUGCGCACAGGGGACGAGGUCCUCUCCUACGAGGAGUACGGGCACCUGCAGAUCAACGCGGUGUCCCUCUACCUCCUCUACCUGGUGGAGAUGAUUUCCUCGGGGCUGCAGAUCAUCUACAACACCGAUGAGGUCUCUUUUAUUCAGAACCUGGUGUUUUGUGUAGAGAGGGUUUACCGGGUGCCUGACUUCGGUGUCUGGGAAAGGGGAAGCAAAUACAACAACGGCAGCACGGAGCUGCAUUCGAGCUCGGUUGGCUUAGCAAAAGCAGCUCUAGAAGCAAUUAAUGGAUUCAACCUCUUUGGCAAUCAGGGCUGCUCGUGGUCAGUCAUAUUUGUGGAUCUCGAUGCUCAUAAUCGCAACAGGCAGACUCUGUGCUCCCUGCUGCCCCGGGAAUCGCGAUCUCAUAACACGGAUGCCGCCCUGCUCCCCUGCAUCAGCUACCCUGCGUUCGCGCUGGAUGACGAAGCUCUGUUCAGCCAGACACUCGACAAGGUGGUUCGGAAGCUGAAAGGGAAAUACGGCUUCAAGCGUUUCCUGAGAGACGGGUAUAGGACGUCCCUGGAGGAUCCCCACAGACGCUACUACAAACCAGCUGAGAUUAAGCUGUUCGAUGGCAUCGAAUGUGAAUUCCCCAUAUUUUUCCUGUACAUGAUCAUCGACGGGGUUUUCCGAGGCCACGCCGCGCAGGUGAAGGAGUACCAGGACCUGCUGGCGCCCGUGCUCCACCGGACCACGGAAGGCCACCCCGUCGUCCCCAAGUACUACUACGUGCCGGCCGACUUCGUGGAGCUGGAGAAGAGAAACCCCGGCAGCCAGAAGCGCUUCCCCAGCAACAGUGGCCGGGACGGGAAGCUGUUCCUCUGGGGCCAAGCCCUGUACAUCAUCGCAAAGCUGCUGAGUGAGUGGGACGGCGGGCGGGCUCCCCGGGUCUUCACGCCCAGACAGGCGGCCCCUGAGCUGGUGAAGAUGAGCAGCUCCACUAGCAGCGGGAGGGCAGUGACGGCUCACACGGCCAUGGCUCCCAUGGCCAGGCUGGAGCGUGGGGGGAGGCAGGACGCCAGGCUGAGGUCCAGCGCCCAGGAGCACACGGAGCCGGUGGCUGGUGUCGUUGGCCCCCUGGAGAACGACCUGGUGGUCCACGUGGCGCUCAUCGCGGAAAGCCAGCGCCUCCAGGUUUUCCUCAACACGUACGGGAUCCAGACGCAGACGCCUCAGCAGGUGGAGCCCAUUCAGAUCUGGGCGCAGCAGGAGCUGGUGAAGGCCUACUUCCACCUGGGCGUCAACGAGAAGCUGGGGCUCUCGGGGCGGCCGGACAGGCCCAUUGGCUGCCUCGGCACGUCCAAGAUUUACCGCAUUCUGGGGAAGACUGUGGUGUGCUACCCCAUCAUCUUCGACCUGAGUGACUUCUACAUGUCCCAGGACGUCCUGCUGCUGAUAGACGACAUAAAGAACGCGCUGCAGUUCAUCCGGCAGUACUGGAAGAUGCACGGGCGGCCCCUCUUCCUCGUACUCAUCCGGGAAGACAACAUCAGGGGCAGCCGGUUCAACCCCAUCCUGGACAUGCUGGCGGCCUUCAAGAAGGGCGUGGUCGGGGGCGUGAAGGUGCACGUGGACCGCCUGCAGACGCUGAUAUCAGGAGCGGUGGUGGAGCAGCUGGACUUCCUGCGCAUCAGCGACACGGAGGAGGUUCCGGAAUUCAAGAGUUUCGAGGAACUAGAGCUCCCCAAACAUUCCAAAGUCAAACGGCAGAGCAGCGCCUCCCAGGCCACCGAGCUGGAACUGCAGCCCGACGUCAGCCUCGCCGAGUGGAGGGCCAGACCCACCCAGGACAUUCUGCAGAAGCUGGAGGACUGCAGCGGCCUGGCCAGCCAAGUCAUCCUGCUGGGCAUCCUGCUCAAGAGGGAAGGCCCCACCUUCAUCACAAAGGAAGGUACCGUGUCCGAUCACAUCGAGAGAGUCUAUAGGAAAGCUGGCAGCAAGAAGCUCUGGUCGGUGGUGCGCCACGCAGCGAGCCUUUUAAGUAAAGUAGUGGACAGCCUGGCCCCGUCCAUUACUAAUGUGUUAGUGCAGGGCAAGCAGGUCACGCUGGGCGCCUUCGGGCACGAGGAGGAGGUGAUCUCCAACCCGCUGUCCCCGCGGGUGAUCAAGGACAUCAUCUACAAGUGCAACACCCACGACGAGCGGGCGGCGGUCAUCCAGCAGGAGCUGGUCAUCCACGUGGGCUGGGCCAUCGCCAACAGCCCCGAGCUGUUCAGCGGCAUGCUCAAGAUCCGCGUGGGGUGGAUCAUCCACGCCAUGGAGUACGAGCUGCAGAUCCGGGCCGGGGACCAGCCCGCCGUGGACCUGUACCAGCUGUCGCCCAGCGCCGUCAAACAGCUCCUCAUGGACAUUCUCCAGCCGCAGCAGAACGGACGAUCUUGGCUGAACAGGCGUCAGAUCAACGGGUCUCUGAACAGAACGCCCGCCGGGUUCUACGACCGCGUGUGGCAGAUCCUAGAGCGCACGCCCAACGGCAUCAUUGUUGCGGGGAAGCACCUGCCACAGCAACCGACCCUGUCGGACAUGACCAUGUACGAGAUGAACUUCUCGCUCCUCGUGGAAGACAUGCUGGGCAACAUCGACCAGCCCAAGUACCGGCAGAUCAUCGUGGAGCUGCUGAUGGUCGUGUCCGUUGUCCUGGAAAGGAACCCCGAGCUCGAGUUUCAGGACAAAGUUGACCUGGACAAACUGGUGAAAGAAGCGUUUCAGGAAUUUCAGAAAGACGAGAGUCAACUCAAGGGCGUUGAAAAUCAAGACGACAUGACUUCCUUUUACAACACGCCCCCGCUGGGCCGGCGCGGGACCUGCAGCUACCUGACCAAGGUGGUGAUGAACCUGCUGCUGGCGGGCGAGGUCAAGCCCGGCGGCGAGGACCCGUGUCUGGUCAGCUAGUGAGGAGGCGCGGGGGGCCCUGGGGACACGCGUUCGAGGAGCAGGUUAUGUUCUGCCUGGACGUGGAGUCCAGGCGGCCACUACCGAGUGCACUGACCCCGCAAGGGCGGCGCUGCCCGCCUCCCACAGGGACUGGGCCUCUUGCUGCCACCGCCAAGCGAAUGGUAGGACAUGCUGUCAGGCAAGCGAGAAAGUCCUCGUGGUCACGCCAGCUAGCCGUGACCUUUAGUGAACAGUAGGAAUAGUAGACGAUGGCAGGGUCACCACUGCAUGUUCUGUGAUCAAUUGCUCAUCAGAAGUAAUCAUCGCUCCCCACUGGCCGCCACUAAAGUGCAUGUGCCACUCGGCGCACUGGGACGAAUGCGGCUGGAGCGGCGCUGUUCAGGGGCGUGUCACGCUGCCGGGAUUCAAAUGCAUCGUCAAGCGCGUCGGCCAGCUGACGUCUUGAUGUUCGGAAGCUGUAGUAGUGGUAACAUUGUAGGAUACAGAGCUGCUCUACAGUUUUUACCUUGGAAACGUGACGAUGGUUUUGUAUUUGUCGCAACUGUAGCGGUUGGACUAAAAUACAGUAAUAAAUCUGAUCAAACAUGU